AGCCGGGGGGCUGUUUAACCCUCCGGCUGCCGGCGAACAGUGCGAGCGGGAGCUCAGGUGUCUAAGAUGCCAGAGGGCCCAGAGCUGCACCUGGCCAGCUGCUACAUCAACACGGUAUGUGCAGGGCUCAUCUUCUCAGGGAAGGUGGAGAAGUCUGAAGUGAGCAAGAACCCAGAGGUGCUGUUUGAGAGCGACGCGUACCUGAUCUCUGCCACCUCACGGGGCAAGGAGAUCAAGCUGACCCUGACGCCACUCAAAGAGGAGAAGAACACGCUCCCUGGCAGAGGGAGGGACAGGGAGGGGCUGAGCCAGAAUGGUCUCCAGCAGCCCAUGGAUCUUGUCUUCCGCUUUGGAAUGUCAGGCAGCUUCAAGCUCGCUUCCGGGGCCGAGCUGCCCAAACACGCCCAUCUUCGGUUUUACACCAAGGAGAGCCCACACCGAGCCCUCUGCUUCGUGGAUAUCAGGCGCUUCGGGAGGUGGGAAGUGCAUGGGACGUGGCAGCUGGAUCGAGGGCCAUGUGUGAUGCUGGAGUAUGAGAAAUUCAGGGAGAACGUGCUGAGGAACCUGUCUGACAAGGCUUUCAACAAGCCCAUCUGCGAAGCCCUGUUAAAUCAGAAGUUUUUCAAUGGGAUUGGCAACUACCUCCGAGCCGAGAUUCUCUACAGGUUAAAGAUCCCUCCCUUUGAGAAGGCUCGGACGGUGCUAGAGGCUCUUCAGCAUCGGAAGCAGCAGAGUCCGGACCUGACCUUGAGCAAGAAAGUGAAGUUAAAGCGGGAGAAUCCAGACCUGCUGGAGCUCUGCCAUGCGGUGCCCAUGGAGGUCAUUCACAUGGGGGGGAAGGGUUACAGCCCGGAGCCCUCUGAUGAUGCCGCGGCCUUUGAGGAGUGGCUGCAGUGUUACUGUGUCCCUGGCAUGAGGUCGCUGCGUGAUGGCAAUGGCAGGACCAUCUGGUUUCAGGGGGAGCCUGGACCUAUGGCCCCGAAAGGAGAAAAGUCCCGCAAGAGGCGCUUGCGGGUGAAUGCUGACCCUGAGCCUCCAAGUCCAAAGGUCACAAAGCCGGUGCCUACGAGAAGUUCGAAGGGCAGCAGCAGCCAAGAGAAGGUAGCAAAGCGAUCUGGCAGGAAGAAGGGGAAAGAGCCCGUCCAAGGAGCUGAGAACACCAAGGCAAAUGAAGCAAGAAAGCCAAACGCCAGGUCCAGAAGGAAAGCAUCAGCAAGUCAAGAGUCUCCCACGAGCGAAGCUCCUGCUGCAGAUAGGAAGAGGCAGGCAUCUGCUCGGAGAAGCACAGGAGCAGCUACUGCUGCCCCAAGAUCCAGGCGGGUGAAGGCUGAAUGA